AUGGUUAGCUCCCAGAGAGCUGCGACAGCGGUCGCUUACGGCCGUGGUACCCCAUCUUUUACCGUGCCAAAGGACUACAGGAUUGUACUGCCCACUGUUUCAUCAGGUGAUGCUAUGAAGCGUGCAGUCGUAUUGCACUGCGAUAUUUCAGGAAGGCCGUAUCGCAUCGAAGAUUUUCGAAAGCCCUUGCAAGACGCCGGUGUCAUCAAAGAUGUGGCGGUUAUCGGUGCCUACCAGAUGUCACACGUCUGGCUUGUCAACCUGCGGACAAAUGAGGCCAAAAAGAAGCUUGUGGAAGCAGGUCGCUUGGUAGUCAAGGACCGGCUGUGCAUCGUCAUUGACCCUAACAGGCAAGAGGUGCGUCUAAAGGUGCACUGGGUGGCUUUAGAUGUUUCUAACGAAAGCAUUCGAAGGACAUUUAGCGAGUAUGGUGUAGUAAAGGAGGUGACAAACGACAGGUGGAAAGUGGAAGGAUUUGAAUGUGCUGACUCCCUGACGAAGUUUGUGAGACUAAUUUUGAAGGAAGGUGUUGCACUUGACGAUAUACCGCAUCAGAUUCGUCUAGGCAGCGGUACAGCGCUCAUUGUUGCGCCAGGGCGAGCACCGUUAUGCCUUCGCUGCAAACAUACGGGCCAUAUACGGCGGGACUGCAGAGUUCCAAAAUGCAACGAAUGUCAUGCAUUUGGCCACACACAGGAGGCUUGCACGCGGAGCUACGCCAGAGCGGUAGGACGGCCUGCUGUUUCAGACCAGAGCGAGCUCAUCAUGGACGAGGAAGAGGCAGAACAGGCUGCGGCACCUGCAGCAAUUUUUAUGAACGGAAAAGACCAGGGAGCGGCCAAGGACGAUAGCGUCUCCGGGUGCCCACCGUCGGCGAUGGACAACGCGGGCGUCGGUAAGCGUCAAGAGCCGGUGGAAGCGAACGCGGACGGCGUCGACGUGGGAAACCUGGCGGAGGAAUCUGCCAGAGAACAGCGGGACGCAUGCAGCGUCUCUCAAGUUCCAGAGGCAGCGGUCAAAGAACCGGCGGUCAUCGCAACUGCAGCGGAGGAGAUGGACGCCGAGGCAGCACCAGCAAAACGUCGCCAUGAGGAUGUGGUUGCCGCGUCGCAGGAUCAGCGCACAUCUUACAUUCCGCUACAUUUCUUUUGUCUUGCAGACGAGAGCGGCCCGAACGCGCCAAUUCGCUUGAGCGUCCUGGAAGGGGAACCGACGUCACUUCCGUGUCCCAUCGACACGGCGACCCGCGAACCAAUCACGGCCGUCUGGUUCCACGUCGCCACCCACGCCCACCAAGAAUAUGGCGGCUCCCCUUACUACACCAGCGGUCACCUACAGGCAAAAAGGGUAUACGCGAUCGAAGCACCAGAUUGGUCGUCCCCAACGGCGGCGGCGGGGGGAACUACAGGCCUGGUGGACGGAACGCACUGGAAGCAGCCAUCUUGGUCGGGAAGGGCGUUCUUCUCAUUACUAAGCGACCCACCCGCUUUGCGGCUGAACCACUUGGAGCGCCCCGAGAGCGGAAGCUACGUGUGCAACGUCACUUACCGCGACAACGCCACCUCCGCCGCCACAGUGGUGACGGAGUCUCGCGUGGACCUCUUCGUAGCAGCGCAGGCAUGCCCUCCAACCAUCAAGGACAUCAGGGGCGCCACAGUAAAGGACACGGCAGGCCCUUACGCUGAGGGCGACACAGUGCGGCUGACCUGCGAAAUAGAAAGGUGCGACCAUGACGUGGCGCUCACGUGGUUCCACAACGGCACGCAACUGAGGUCGGCGCGCGGAACAGUGGCGACCUCCGACGGCGGCUGGAAGAACCUCGUCACUCUCGGUCCAUUAACUCGUCGUGAUCUGCACUCUAACGUAACCUGUCUGACGAUAAGCAACGUCUCGCUGCCGGGAGUCGCUACAGUGCUCCUCGACUUAUACCUGGCUCCAACGGCUGUAACCAUCUGGAGCUGGCCUGCUCAACAGACUGACACGCCUCCAGGCUCGGUGGAAUCGUCCAGUGCAGCUACUCAACAUUCGCUACGAAACAGGUCCGCCACCAUUGCUACGACGCUUGGCCCGGUUCUUGCUCUGUCCGACCGCGAAAUUGCGGUUGCGACAUCAUUUAGUUCGCCCUCUGGAUUCUCGAAUACCAAGAGCUUCGAGUGCGAAGCCACCGGAAGCCGACCGGCGGCAAACGUCACGUGGUUCCUGGACGGUGUCACGGUAGACCCGGCUUUCAGUCGCAGCGUGUCCGCGGGCAACGUGACCACCAGCAUGCUCCUGCUUCCGGCGUCGGCGCAGUCGGGACGGCUCUUGGAGUGCCGAGCAAUCAACGGAAACCUACCCGAGAGCAGAGGAGUGCUGAGCCGCUUCCUCAAGGUGGACAUGUCGCACAAAACGGAGGUUGGCAUCCGCCUCGGCUUGGGCCUCAACUCCAGCCACAUCGUAGAAGGUGCGGACGUCUACAUGGAGUGCUCGGUGCUUGCUGCUUCCAAAGUCAUCGAGGUCAUCUGGCGUCACGAGGGAACGCAAAUGAAGGGACUCGCUGGCGAUGAUGGUCCGUCCGAUGCUUUGGUCACGGCUCGCUACCUGGUCAUCCGAGGGGUGACCGCCGACCAGUCCGGGCGUUACACCUGCACGGCCAACACCGCUGACGGCGAGAGCGUGGAGAGCGUUCCGCUAGAACUUCGAGUCAGACACGCGCCACGUUGCGGCGUUCGUCGAGACAAGGUCCUGGCGGUGAGGCCGAACGAGCAACUGAACGUGACCUGCGACGUGAGUGCGGAUCCCGGCGAAGGCUUGCACUUCUUUUGGAUAGUCGAGGAUGACACCGGCAAGAGACGUCACGUGACCCAAACAGAGGGCACCACCACCGGAACCCGAGACUCCCAGUCAGGAGAACGACUUCCAGAACUCCGGAGAUCGAACCAGCUCGAAGUUUUGGUCGAUGCGCACUUAUUUCAUGCAACGCUGCUCUGCUGGGCGAGAAACGCCGUGGGCACGCAGCGCGAGCCUUGUAGAGACCGGUUUCAGAUAAGACGUGAGCGAGCAUCCAGCCUAGACUGCGUUGUCGGGAACUACACGGACACUUCUUUCUCGAUCACGUGUUCUUCGCGUCGACAUGGUCGCGCCUGGAGGGGUGAGGACAGCGGAGCGAAAGCGUCCAACACCCGACUACGCUUAGACCUGUUCGACGCGACGGCGGGAAACCGGUCGGUGCGAGGAUUCUGGGUCACCGCCACCGUGACCGGCAGGGACCCGCUCUCCCUGACCGGUCUCAGACCGGCUACGGACUACCUGGUGCUGGCGAGGCUGGAGACGGAAGCGAACGCGUUCGCCGCUUACGUCAGGACCCUGGCGCCGGCACAGACCCUCAGGGAACGCGGAGAGCUAGCAUCGUCAGAGAACACCGCCACGCUUCCACCCAAGGACGCCACGACCCUCAUCAUCGUCUGCGUUGCUGCGGCGGCAGCGUUAUGCGUAGCGGCUGCCACCGGAAUGGCGCUGUGGUUCAAGUACCAUCGGAGGAGAUCGCGGCUUCUCCACGCCGCCGCCGCUCUCAAGCAUGCCGAACACAAGGGGCAGACGUGGCUGGCGAUCGAAGGACCAGGGCGCGGGAACAGAGACCUGUCGGGUUCCGGACUCGAGGUAGCAGCAGGUUCCCACCUGGGGCCAAACCAGCCGUCCAAGCACCUCUGGCCAAACCAGCCAUCCAAACACCUGUGGCCAAAGCAGCCGUCCUCGUACCUGGGGCCGAACCGGGACCACCUCGGGCCUGGCGCGGUUGAGAUGUCGCCAGGACGUUCCCGCCAGGUGGAACCGGGCCCGCGGUGGGACGAGAUCGAAAAAGAAGGGGAAGAAUAUAGGCAGACGUGGCUGGCGAUCGAAGGACCAGGGCGCGGCAACAGAGACCUGUCGGGUUCCGGACUCGAGGUAGCAGCAGGUUCCCACCUGGGGCCAAACCAGCCGUCCAAGCACCUGUGGCCAAACCAGCCGUCCAAACACCUGUGGCCAAACCAGCCAUCCUCGUACCUGGGGCCGAACCGGGACCACCUCGGGCCUGGCGUGGUUGAAACGUUGCCAGGACGUUCCCACCAGGCGAGCCACGCGUCUACCAAUGAGAGCCUCGGCCAGCAUUCGUGA